GGCUUGGGCUAACGGUCCAGGGCUGUCCUCCCGCGGCGACCCUCGAGCGCUGGGGCUGUGGGCAGAACGCGCUGUGGAGAAGAAGCCGAAUUCCGGCCGAGCGGGGGAGGCGUCUGGGCGGGGCCUGCGUGUUGCUGGCUGCUGUCCAAAAGCGAGAGCGUCUAGAUAAAAGAAUGGCCAACUCCAUUGCAUCAAAGAACUUUACUGCACUUUCAAAUCUGCAUCCAAAUAUGGCUAAUCUGAAAAUAAUCGGCAUAGUUAUUGGAAAAACAGAUGUCAAAGGCUUUCCAGACAGAAAAAAUAUUGGAUCAGAAAGGUACACUUUCAGUUUCACCAUUCGUGAUUCAACAACCCAUUUUGUAAAUGCAACAUCCUGGGGCAGUGAAGAUUACAUAAGAUCACUCUCUGACAGCUUUAGGGUCGGUGAAUGUGUGAUUAUUGAGAAUCCUCUGAUCCAAACAAAGGAAUUAGAAAGAGAAGAAAAGUUCAGUCCUGCAACUCCUAGUGAUUAUAAACUAUUGCUCAGUGAGAAUCACUCAACGGUGAAACUCUGUUCCAGUUAUGAAGUGGAUGCCAAGUUACUUUCUUUGAUAUACUUACCUGUUAAAGAGUCUUGUGAUUAUUAUUCACUGGGUGACAUUGUUGCGAAUGGACACAGUCUUGAUGGGAAAAUUAUUAAUAUCCUUGCAGCUGUGAGGUCGGUUGGAGAGCCAAAAUACUUUACAACUUCAGACCGAAGAAAAGGCCAGAGGUGUGAAGUUAAACUCUACGAUGAGACAGAGUCUUCUUUUGCAAUGAUAUGUUGGGAUAGUGAAUCUAUUCUACUUGCACAAAGCUGGGUGCCACAAGAAACAGUAAUAUUUGCCGCAGAUGUAAGGAUAAGUUUUGACAAAUUUCGGAACAGCAUGACAGCAACUGUAAUCUCAAAAACCAUUAUUACAACUAAUCCAGAUACACCAGAAGCUAACAUCCUUCUGAAUUUUAUAAGAGAAAAUAAAGUAAUGAAUCCUCUGGAUGAUGAAAUUGACAAUUAUUUGAAAGAAUCCAUGAAUUUAAAUACAAUAGUUGAUGUUUAUACAGUUGAACAAUUAAAGGUAAAAGCUUUGAAGAAUGAAGGAAAAGCUGAUCCUUUCUACGGAAUUGUUUAUGCUUACAUUUCUACACUGAACAUUGAUGAUGAAACUACAAAAGUAGUUCGAAAUAGAUGUUCUGGCUGUGGUUACAUUGUAAAGGAAGCAUCCAGCGCUUGUACAACUUGCAACAAAGAUUCUUUGGAAUUUAAAUCUGUUUUUCCCAGCUUUGAUAUGCUAAUCGAUCUUACUGAUCACACAGGUACCCUUCAUUCCUGUAGUCUCACAGGAAGUGUGGCUGAGGAGACUUUGGGCUGCACGCUUUCUAUGUCGCACAGAGCGAGGGGCGGACUGAGAGUGAGUGUGCUUUCGUGUAGGCUUGCAGAUCCCGUUGAGGCAAGUGGGAGCUUGUCUGGACAAGGAAACGUUCAAAACUAGAUACAGUUUUAAACCCUGGAAAAGAAUACGCAUUUUAACCUCCUUGAAAGUGGGAAAUGAGUUUGAAAAUUACAGAUAAAAUUGUCUUGUUCAAAUGUGGUGAGAAUGUUCCUAUAAAUUGUCAUUCUGUUGCCCCCUAGAGUUGACUCCAGGUGAAUCCUAAAAUCUCCUUCUUAUUUAAGCUCAUUUCUUAGAAGUCUUUUUCUAUUGGCUUGGCUCUCUCUCUUCCCAAGCUGGAAAAUGUUUGCAUGAAUUAAUA